AUGGCACAAUUUCUCGACGCUUUGAUUGUCUGCGUACUCACCCUCUUGGGAGGCGAAGAAGUGCAAAUCCCGUCUCUCAAGCAGGAUCCACCAGCGGAGGUAGAUGCCCACAGGCAGCGUAUGCAAAACACUGUGUACCCUUGGUAUGACCUCAGUGAAACUGGGACAUUCUCGGGUGUUGGUGAUGUAACAAUCAACUAUCGCAUAUUUCCAUCAGCCGCUCCAAGCAAUAUGGCACUUUUCUUUCUCCAUGGAGCAAGCGAAGUGAUGGACAAAUACGCCGAGUUUCUCUACGAUAUUCGACAGUUGCAACCAGGGUACGAUAUCUACUUCAUGGAACACAGAGGUAUGGGCAGCUCGGGAAGAUUGAUAUCAGAAUCAAAAUAUCUCUACGUGGAUGACUUUGAUAAUUACGUACGAGAUGCCAAGACCUUCUAUGACACUGUUAUAUCGGCCAACAAUGCUUAUUUCAAGGUGUUCAUAUGGGCUCAUUCCCUUGGAGCUGCCGUGGCAACAUCUUAUGCACAGAAGUACCGCAAUGAUAUCCAGGGACUCGUAAUCUCAUCACCGAUGAUGGAAAUCCUCACCAAGUUUCCGUUGAGUCUAGACGAAGACGUAGCCUAUACUACGACGUGCGCCAGCACCCUGAUUGGGCAGGGUGAACAAUUGGCUCUUGGUCAAGAGCUACCAGAUACUCUAGUGGAUCCAACAUCUAAAGAGUCAUGGGAAAGAGAGACAGUCACGACAAGCUGGAAGCGAUGGACCGUAUUUCAGGAGCUGCUCGUCAACAAUCAGGACUGGCUGGCAGGUGGUGGUGGUUCCACUUGGGGUUCUACCAAUGGCUUUGCCAAAGAAGCUUAUUCUGCAACCUUUUCCAUUCGCAAAAGAAAGAAUGCAAGACGAAUCACUGCACCGAUCUUAAUGUUCCAAGCGGGUAAAGAUUUCAUUGUUGGAGCCGAAGGACAGAAUACUCUGAAGAAGAAUGCACGCAAUGCUCGUUCGUUUACAGUGGUGGAAUUCGAAGAUGGCUAUCACGAGUUGUACCUGGAAAAGGACCGCAUUAGAGAUCAAGUCUUGAACCUCACAAGCAAUUUUCUUGAUACCUUUUGA